AUGGCAAUGAUUGGGCCCUUUAUAACAUUUUACAAUGGUAUUAAAUUUCCACAAUUUGGACUCGGUACCUGGCAGAGUACGAAAGAGGAAUGUAAGACGGCAGUCAGAGCUGCUCUAGAUGCUGGGUAUCGCCAUUUUGAUUCUGCUUUUGCCUACGGAAAUGAAGCCGAUAUUGGUGAAGUCAUAAAUGAAUAUAUUAAAGCUGGUAAAAUAAAGAGAGAAGAUGUCUUCAUUACAUCGAAGCUGUGGUCGACGUUUAUGGAACCAAGUAAAGUUGCUGAAGGAUGUGAUAUAUCAUUGAAAGCUUUAGGAUUGGACUAUAUUGAUCUCUAUCUGGCCCACAACUCUAUGGCAUUUAAGAAUACUAGCUCAGGAGGGGCUUUUCCCACUAACCCAGAUGGUACUCCAGCUGUACUAGAUGUCAAAGUUCAAGAUACAUGGGCUGCAAUGGAGAAACUUGUAAAAAAUGGUAAAGUGAAAUCUAUAGGAGUUUCUAAUUACAGUGCUGAACAAGUUGAUAGAAUUGUUAAACAUGGUACAAUAAAACCAGUUACAAACCAGGUAGAAUGCCAUGCUUAUAUGAGACAAGAAGAAUUAUUUAAUGCCUGUAAGAAACAUAAUGUUUAUCUGACAUCAUAUGGUAGUCUUGGUUCACCAGGUCGACCGGAAAGCUUUCGCGAUAAUAGUCAUCCAGUACUUAUGGAGGAACCAUUUAUCAAACAACUUGCAACUAAGCAUAAGAAAUCACCCGGUCAGAUUUUGUUACGUGAAUUAAUACAGAGAGGUAUAAUUAUUAUUCCAAAAAGCUCAAAUCCGAAACGGAUCAAAGAAAAUAGCGAGAUCUUUGACUUUCAACUGAGUCCAGCCGAGAUGAAGCAAAUAGCAGACCUUGAUAAAAAGUUAAGAUUGUUUGGUUCGUUUGACAUAUUGAAAUGUCAUCCGGAAUAUCCAUUUCAUGCAUAA